AUGGAACCUUCCUUUGAGGGUGGUCGUACUUUUGCUUUUACUCGAUAUAUUCUGAUACCAGACAUUCUCCGACGCCUCAUUAUUGCAGAGGUUAUAAGGGUCAGUAUAAAUGGAAUCCUCUCCGUGGGCCAACCUUGUCAAUCCUCCACUGCCGGCGAAGCCUCUAUUGGCCAGCCAGCCAUGGUUGGCCCUAGUCUGAAUUUCAACGUGGACGUCAACAAGUGCUUCAGCGGGGUCAGACUCCACACAGGAACCGUCGUCGAUAGCCUGGAGGUCUCCUACCUUGUCGACAGGAAAAACAUUGAAACACGUCGACUAGGCGGCGACGGCGGUGGCUCUCAUUACACGUUCGAACUACAGCCUGGCGAAUAUAUCAACUUGAUGGUUGGGUCCGUCAAUGAUUUGAACGGCGAAACUUGCAUUGCUAAGCUCGGAUUCGCAACCAAUUUCGGGAACACGCAUGGGCCUUUUGGGGCGGCCGGUGGAAAGGAGUUCUCUGUUCCGGUCGUCGACGGUCGAAUUGUCGGAUUCUUUGGCCAGUACGACAAGUAUCUGAAGGCGAUCGGAGUCUAUUUGGCUCCUAAUUGA